AUGCCAAGCCUUUCUGGCAACCUGCAGAUUAAAUGUGCGGGCGAAUGUGCGGAAGGACUCUUCGACUCCGAAAUCACGCGUGCCCUCGCCUCCCAACUUACCGAAGCUCAUGCCACUUCAGAGUACGACUGGCGCUGGAAUCCGCGACUCGUUGCUGAGCGCCUCUAUCAGCAGGUCUCUCACCUUGCCCGCAACACGAACGUCAUCACGUACAGCAUCAACAACAUGCUCGACCUUCUCUCUACACGCGCUGCUCAAUCAAGCAUAUCCCUCACCUCGCGCGAGGACCACGGCGAAGCGCUGUACGCUCUUUGCGAAGGUAUGGUUAAUUUUAACGGUAUGUUAAAUUCGUUUACGACCGGCCGAUUUGGAAAUUGUGUACCGUCUACGACUGAUUGGGGCAUGGAAAAGUGGCGUCAACUUGUAAUGUGCGCGGUUGAAAGUGGGAAUGCCGGAAUCGUGGAGGACCUGUUGAAUCGUGCGGCCAUAUUGAGUGGCGACUCAUCCUUUUGCGAACUGGAACUCCCGUUUACAGGAUGGUGGCUGGAGAGCGAUGAAAACGAGGAGUCGUUCGACCUCGAAAUUCUGAAGCAGGCAGCAUUUUUGGAGGCCGCGAGAUCGGGAAGGGAGAAGAUUUUGAGAUGUCUCCUCAAACUGGGCGUAGACAUUGAUGUGAAGGACCACAAGUCUCGGACACCGCUGUUGCUGGCGACGGCGCCUGGGUUUUACGAUUGUGUCAAGUUGCUGCUGGAGAAUGGAGUAAGUGUCAAGAAGUGUAACAUGAGUAACAGCGGCGGCGUGCUGGGGUUGGCAGUCGAAAAGUACCACAUAGGUAUCGUACGGCUAUUGCUAGAAUAUGCGGCGCUGGACCCGCAGUACAGGCUACCGGAGGAGGGGAGGGCAGACAUGAAGUUUGAAUGGCGAGGGAACUCAUGCAAACACGGUCCGUUGAUUAUAUGGAUGUCGAGGAAAGGGAUAUGGAUGCACUGGCAAGAGGUGAUGAGAAUGACCAGCGAAGUGUACGGGCUGGACCCGGACUGCGAGUGUUUGAGGAGAUACGACGAGACUGGUAUUGUGAUAAGGGUUGACUGAUGUUAUGGAUCAAGGAAGUUUUCACAAAGUUGUGACUUUUACAUGUGCAUCCAAUUUUCUAAGGCUGUGUUGAAGCACACUAGGCAGAAUGAGAACUAGACAACAAGAAUUACUCACAAUUUACCAAGGUUACCUCAUUCGCUCGG